UAUUACUUAAUUAACCAGCCUACAGCCUAUUAAGUAGCGUAGAUACUUCUGGUGUAGCCACACAGUAGAAAUUCUUCCAGUGUAGACUCAAUGUUUCCCUUGCACUCUUUGGAACAGUGAAAUGGGGCUUCUUCUGGGCCUCCUACUUGGGGUAAUUGGAGUUAUCGGAAUUCUUUUCCUGUUGCUCUUCUCCUUUGCAAUUUAUUAUGAUCUUUCCAGGAGUAAAAUCCCAUCUGGAUUUGACAAUCCAUUAAAGCUUCGGGUCAUUCACUGUACUGCCAUUAUUGCAUUUACUGCGGGGAAGUGUCUUGAACUGCUGGGUAUCUGCAGACAGGUUGCCUUUAUCCGCUUCCUCCAGAGUUUCUGGAAUCCAAGAGCGGAUCCCAGCCUCUCUGCCAAAGAUCUGCAUUUUGACGGGGUUCCUGUGAGGGUUUAUCAGCCCAAAGCACCAUCUGCUGGCCCAAGGAAAGGAUUAAUGUUCUUCCAUGGAGGUGCUGGGAUGGUUGGAAGCAUUGAGUUCUACCAAGUGGUCUGCAGCAAAAUUGCCAAGGAGACUGAUUCAGUGGUUGUGUCUGUUGGCUACCGCCUGGCUCCUGAGCAUCUUCCUCCCGCUCAGUACAAGGACUGCCUUGCUGCUACCAUACACUUAAUUCAAAAUGCAGCUUCCCAUGGGGUGGAUCCUUCCAAGAUCAUUGUUGGUGGGGACAGUGCUGGGGGCAAUUAUGCUACUGUUGUUGCCCAGAAACUGGUGGAGAGAUCAGACCUUCCAAAACUAUGGGCUCAAGUGCUGAUCUAUGGGAAAUUCCAGGCUAUAGACUUUAACCUGCCAUCCUAUCAGCAGAACAGCUCAAUGCCCCCCUUGUUCCGGGAAGAUGUUGCUUACUUUAUCAUGAAGUAUAUUGGAAGGGACACUUCUUUGGCAGGCCAGCUCCUGAAGGGUGCUCAUGUGCCAGAUUCAAUGAGACUGAAAUAUGGGAAGUUGGUGAGUCUAGACAACCUUCCAGAGAGAUUUAAGGUGAGAGGCUACAAACAAGUCCCACUUGCUCCUUAUGAACCUGAAGUCUAUAGGCAAUUGCGAGAGCUAUUGGAACCUGAUAUUUCUUGCCUCUUUGCUGAGGACUCUGUCAUCCAGAAGCUUCCUGAAACCCUAAUUGUGAGCUGCGAGUACGAUGUAUUACGAGAUGACGCACAGCUGUACAAGAAACAUCUGGAGGACAAUGGGGUGAAAGUCAGUUGGUUCCAUGUUGAGAAUGGGUUUCAUGGGGUGCUAAACCUCUUUGACGCAGGCCUGUUCACAUUGCCUGCUGCAGUUGAAUUGAUGGACAGGAUUGUAGACUUUGUCAAAAACUUAUGAGAGGAAAUCUCUUGAAUUUGUGGGUCUGAUAAUUUCUCAUUUUUCCAAUCUUAUAUUCAGUUCUCCACAAUUCUGUUGUCAUUUGUGGUUCUUGGGGGCAGCAGGGAGUUGCUCAUGAAAAUUCACCAGCACUUUUGUGUGAAAUUUUCCUAAUAAACACUUUUACUUUGUAUGGAGUUUUGACUAAUAUACACAUGAUUACAACCAAUUUGCUCUAAUAUAAUGCACUUCUAUAUUGUUUUCAUUAAGAUAUGAAUUUUGUAAAUGGACAAUUCACCCUUCUAUUGCAUUUUAGUACUUAUUGGUUGGCUGGAGAUCUGUACUGCUAAUGCUGUUCUAGGCUGCAUCAACUUAAGUAUAGUGUCCAGAUCAAGAGAGGUAUCAGUUCCACACCAUUUUGCCUUGACCAGACCCCACCAGGAGGACUAUGUCCAGUUCUGGGUGCCGCAAUUUAAAUAGGAUAGUGAUGAGCUGGAAUGUGUACAAACAAGGAAGACCAAGAUGAUCAAGGGUCUGGAAACCAAGCCUUAUAAGGAAUCAUUGAUGCAGUAGGAUAAGUUUAGCUUGGCGAAGAGGACAGUGAGGUGAUAUAGUAGCCAUCUUCAAAUAUAUAAGGGCUGUCACAUGGGAGAUGGAGCAAACUUGUUUUCUGCUACUUCAGAGGGUAGGACUUGAACCAAGAGAUUCAAAUGAUAAGCAAGGAGAUUCAGACUAUACAUUAGGAAUAACUUGCUAAGGGUUAGAGCUGAUUAGCAUUGAAAUGGAUUAGCUCAGAAGGCAGUGGGACUGCCUUCAUUGGAAGUUUUAUCAGCAGAAGUUUAAUGGCCACCUGUUAGGGAUUUCUGAGUGUGAUUCCUGCAUUGUAGGUGGUUGACCUAGAUGACUCCAUGGGUCCCUUUUAUCUCUUUUCAGGUAUCUGUUUUGGUUUAUUGGCCCAUAUCUAAUCCAUUAGCCCAUCCAAGGCGCAGUCUAACAUCUCCACUGCCUUUCCUAAUUUAGAUGGAACAGAGUGAUAGAGAUGGGUGUCACCCACACAUAGAUUUUUCCUCACCGUAUCUCUCCUGAUAACAACUCCCAGCAACUUGAUAGAGAUGUUUAAAUACCAUGAAACACCAGAUUCUAGUUUCAACAAUUGUAAACAGUUGUGGCAUAAAACUCUGUAUGGCACUUUCCUAUAUAUUCACCAACAAGCAUCUACCUUCAAUGAAAUCAUUUUGUCUAAAUGACACCCGCUAUCUGGAAAGGAUAGC